UUGAGUCGCUCAGUUUGACAGCCGGAUGUUUUGAUUCCAGCCGGGAAAAUACCCAGACAAGAUUUUUUGUGACUAAAAAACAAUGAAUUCGGAAGAAAAGGAUCCCCUGGCUAUGUCCGAAGAAGAAUCUGCAGCAACUGAAACCCCAAUCCAAGUAAAAAAGCGCAGAAGGAAGAGGCAAAAGCUCCCGAAAGAUGGACCAAAGCCAAUAAUUACCGGAUACGUGCGGUAUAUGAACGAGAAUAGGGAGCUAAUCCGGUCUCAAUUCCCUGACGUUCCCAUAGGAGAGAUUACACGGAAAUUGGCUCAAGGCUGGGCCAGUCUUACAGAUGAACAGAAGAAGCCCUACCUGGAUGCAGCUGAAUUGGACAAGAACCGAUUUAGCCGGGAAAUGGAGGAGUAUAAACAAAACCAGGCAAAGAAAACCACACCUGGGGAACCCAAGGUGACCCCACCAGUUGAGGAGAUAAGAAAAUCAAUCGAGAAACCUCCCCCAGCGGAGACUUUCGAGCAGAAAAAUGGAGAUUUCGACAUUCCUAUUUUUACGGAUGAAUUUCUGGAUCACAAUAAAUCCGUAGAGACGGAAUUGAGAGCCCUGAGGAAGUCCUUCACUGACUACGAACAGCAGAACUCAGUUCUGGAGAAGCAUGUGGAGAACAUGAGGAAUGGCAUCAAUAAACUCACAAAUGAGACGACUGAGAUGGCAACAAACAACAAGAUCCUCCAGGCCUAUCUGGAGAAAUUGCGUUCAAAACUUGUGAAUGCAAUGGGGAGCCUCCCAGCAGCCUCAGGAAGUGAUCAUAACAUCACCAUGGACAACAUAGAUGACUUCCUGCAGGAUCUACCAUCAGCCCAUGGCCAAGCGACUCUCAAUAAAGCAAAAGAUCUCAUCCGGAAACUCGAUCUCAACAUCCAAGUGUGAUCCCUGGUUCAAUAAAUCUCACAAUUUUCUCUA